CUCGACUCUAACCACAGAUUACCGAUUUGUCGCCCAUCGCUGUCCCGCAGUCGUCAUCAUGUCCCAAUUCCGCGCCAAAAAGCUCGAUCUCGGAUGCUUCGCCAACAUCCGUAACAUUCGCGACCACACGAAGCGCAAGGUCUUCGCAGAACACGAGCCCGAACGACAAGCCCUUCGAUACAUCAUCCGCAACACGACAUUGCCGCAGCGCGUGCGCGCACAGGCUCAGCUCCAGCUCUCCCAGAUGCACUGCUAUACACGGUUCACACAGAUCAAGAACAGGUGUAUAAUGGGAGGAAAGGGACGAGGUAUCUUCAGCGACUUCAGGCUUGGACGUUAUCAAUUCCGUCAGAAUGCGCUUGCCGGAAACCUGCCGGGUGUGAAGAAGGCCAGUUGGUAGACGUGUGGUGGCGUAGGGGUUCGAUAUAUGUGUAUACUACGGGGUGACACAAUUGCAUUGGGCGGCGUUAUCUGCGAGAAGCAAAAUUUCUACGACCAAACCGUGUUCCAUUUGAC